CUGCAAUAGAAAGUAAGAGGCUUGUGAGUACAAAACAGACGUUGCACGAAAGGUGUAAGGGAGCAGAAUUAACUCCAACAAUUAGGACUACACCUGAGUUGGCCUUUAUUUCCUGGGGAACACCAGUGUUCCAGCCAUAAUACGUCCUUACAAUGUGAAACUGAAUGAGCCAGUCCUGACUGAAGAAGGAAAAAUGCCACGCACCAAGCAAAACAACCCCAAAAACCUAAAAGAUAAGAUAGAAGAGGCACAGAAGGAGCUCAAAGAGCCCAGGGGUGCUCAGAAAGGUACUGGCAGAAAUUCUGAUAGCAUCAAAGGAUUGAAGAGAAAGAAAGUUGCAGCUGAAAACCAGCUGAAGAAGAUACCCAAAUCUCCGAUCAAGAAGCAGUCACAAACUAAGAAAUCGAUUUCCCCACAAAGCUCUGCUUCAUCCAAGGACGCCUCACCUGGCUGCCCAACACACAGUUCUUCCAAUUCAGUGCAUGAUUUUAAAAAUGUUCAGAAAGAGGCACAGGCAGACAAGACAGUAAACGCUGACAAAAAUGAUGUAACUACCUUAGAGCCAGAGACUCUUGUCCAACAAAAGAAUGCAGAACUAACCUGUGUUAAAGAGUCAGAACAGCAAAGUUGGAUGGAAAAAUUUAGCAACAAAAGCACAUCUUCCUCUCACACAGCUGCUUCUCUUGAAGUUCUUCUCAAAGCUAUGGAGCCAGACUUCAACACUCUGACAGACAAAAAGAACUGCAACCCAAUUGGUCAGCUUGUUAAAUCCAUCUCAGUUCCUGCUUCCCAGACAGAGAUGUCCAUGGCUAUGCCAGCAGUUAAUUUCAGUCCUCAGUCUGAACCUGCAUUAAAGCACCCAAAUAAUGCAGUUAAACAACCAUUCUACAGUAGUGCAUUACUGCAGUCCUCACAGAAGCAGCAGGCUAAGACGGUCGAUUACCAGCAGGAAAAGCCAGGCCUUCAAAAGAGCUACAGUGCUGGUCCAUCGUUAAAUUUGACCUAUGCUCCAGUUCCUUUUGGGUCCAGUGGCCUGCCUCAGAGUCAGCCACCUGUAGUGCAGACAUGCCAGUCCCUCUCUGCGACUGUUCCCAAUUCCAUCCAGGUUCCAGUCACGCCAGGGUUUAACCCUGUGCAGGUGGCGACAGUUGUCAGUUUUGGAAUUAAUCAAAUGGGUGAUGGCUCGGUCAAAGACCAGAAACCAAAAAAACAAGGAAAGUAUGUUUGUGAGUACUGCAGCAGAGCAUGUGCAAAGCCAAGUGUGUUGCUAAAGCACAUUCGGUCCCACACAGGAGAAAGACCAUAUCCUUGUAUUACAUGUGGUUUUUCAUUCAAGACAAAAAGCAAUCUUUAUAAGCAUAAAAAGUCUCAUGCCCACGCAAUCAAACUAGGGCUUAUAUCAAAAGACUUUGGAAGUGGUUCUCUCUCUCAGGAGUCUGACAAAGGCCUUAGCGCUCAUUCAGAUGUUGAAUGUAGUGCUGAGAGUGAUGAGGAUGUUAGUACAGUCGAGCUGGACCCAGACUCCUCACAAAGUAGCCUGACUGCUUUAUCGGAGAGCAGCUUGCAGAGUUCAGGCACAGCGCAAGGCAGCCAAGUGGAGGCAGAACAGCCUAUAAUAUUUGAAAAUCUUAAAUCUAUUGCUGGUCAGAAGGGCUGUGAGCCCAAAGUUAUUGCUGCUCUUCCUAAAGUGGUUGUUUACCCUGUGAGUGUUUCACCACUGCGAGCAGACAGUCCAAGAGUUACUGAUUCUACACCAGAGCACGCGACAGCACAAAGACCGAGAGACUUUCAGUCAGCAAGUCUACGAUCCAACAUUUCUGUCCUGUCUUCACUGAAAGAGGUUGAUUGCUUUAGUCCCUUACAUGAUUCCAUAAGUGAAGAUGAAAAUCAGCAGUGUAAAUCUCCAACGGGAAGCGGACACGCACAGCUUCAAAGACAACAAGCCACCGACUACUCCCAGCAGCCUCAGGGCAAAUGUCUGCUUAGCCCCCGAAGUCUGGGAAGCACCGAUUCUGGUUACUUUUCACGGUCUGAAAGUGCAGAUCAGGCUAUGAGCCCCCCAAGUCCCUUGGUUAAGAUUACUCCACCAGCAGAAUGCAACAUAAAAAUUCCACAAGCUUUGUCCUCCCCAGUAAUGGCCACUGUCAUGCAUGCAGCACCUGCUGGAAAACCCAAUGUUUUCUCAGGACAGAUGCGUCCUCCACUGGAGACAAAGGCUCUUUCUCUUGAGGAGCGCAUCACCAAGUUAAUAUCGGACAAUGAGGCUGUUGUUGAUGCCAAGCAACUCGAUAGUGUCAAACCGAGACGUACGUCCCUUUCCAGAAGAGGUAGCAUAGAUUCCCCCAAAUCAUAUAUAUUCAAAGAUUCUUUUCAGUUUGAUUUAAAACCAGUAGUAAAAAGAUCUAGUUCCAAUUCUGACAUACCAAAAACUCCCUUUACACCGACUGAUAAAUCCAAACCAAUAUUUCUUCUCUCUGUACCACCUCAAUAUCCAACUAUUGAUUGUUUACCAAUUACAAGAAGCAAUUCAAUGCCAACAACACCUGGCCAGUCGGCUGUUUUACCUAACGCUACCCCUCAACCUCACCCCUUACGAAUCAGCCAUUCAUUUGAUGAUAAAAUAGGUUCUCUAAAUGAUGAUGUCUUCUCUUCAGCACCUUCAACACCAAAUCAAGUUCAUCGAACUUUAGUCAGGCAGAAAGCAAUUGAGGAUUUUUCUACAAAUGAUGGCCAUGUUCUUCUUUCAGUUCAUUCCAUGGAUGAAGGUCAUCGUGGACCAAACAUAACCCAAGAGAUCCGAAGUAAGUCAUUUGAUCAUGCUCCGGAAAGAACCCGAAAGCCCCAAACAGGCAAAGGAACGUAUGAAUGUGAGACCUGUCAUAAUCAUUAUAGAAAACUCGAAAACUUUGAAAAUCACAAGAAGUUUUUUUGCUCUGAAUUGCAUGGUCCAAAGAAAAAGUCUUUACCUGUCAGAGAUACUGAGCCAGAUGUGUUUGUACAUGGAAUACAACAACCUGUUUUAAGCAGAAGUUCAGUUUUUUCAAAUACUGUGGAACAACCAAUGAUAAGGAAAAGAAGAAAAAUGAAAAGUGUAGGCGAUGAUGAUGAACAGUCUCCAACCGAAACGACUCCUCCUUGUUCAAAGAGUUUUGAUUCAUGCCAAAUGACCAUGGGUUUUUCAGGGGAUUUCAAUUCCCAGCACACAUACACUUCUACUAAUCCUGCUGUCGUUGGUCAAAUGCAGCUAAUUGCAAGAGGCAGUGAAGAGGCAAGACUGUCUCCAAUACGAGAGAAUCCGAUCUGUACGACUAGUAAAGAUAAAACAGAACUGCAGAGACAGGGAAGUGGUACCUCAGUCAUCCGUCACACUAACUCUCUCAGUCGGCCAAACUCUUUUGAAAUAAGUGAAUCUCUUGAACGAUCAUGUUCAGUUGAUUCUGUAGAAAAAAAGGACACUAAUGGCUCUAUGAAAACCAAUGUUGAAGGUAUAAUGAGUUCCUCAUUAAAAAGUUACAAUGAAAAAAUGUCAACACCGAAAUGUGCCAACCAAGUGUUGGCCAGAAAUGAAAAACAAUCUUUGUUAGAUGCAAGUGACAACUCUCCACAUACCCACUUAAAGUUGGUCCGUCAAAACAAUAUUCAAGUUCCUGAAAUCCUUGUCACGGAGGAACCGGAUAGAGAGCAUGACAAUCAAGUCAGUGAACCAACAGAAAAGCUUUCAGAGACAUUUAACUGGCCACAGAGAAGUGAGAGCUUGUCUAAACUACCAACUGAAAAACUGCCACCAAAAAAGAAACGAAUAAGACUGGCUCAAAUGGAACACUCUUCAGGGGAGUCCAGCUUUGAGUCGAGCCUCUCUCGUAGCCUCAGUCGAGACAGUAGUUUAUCAAGGUGCUCCAGUGUUUCAGCCUCAUUUGACAGAGAUGAUCCUCCUCGAUCAGAAAGUCCAUCUAGGGUGGAAAUCAAUAGGAAACCACCAGAGGUUCAAGGGCUACCUGUAGUCAGCAACACCCUAGGAGUUCCAGGAAUAAUGAGACGGGCUGCCUCGGAGCAAAUAACUUAUACUCAACCAUCUGUUGAGAUUUCUUCUGAUUACCGGAGCAAAUCCUUUGACUACAGUAACAUCUCACCCAGCAGGUCUUUGUCACCAGUGUUAACUUCAUUGCCAAAAACUACCUUGAGUUCUCCAACCCCCCAGGUUCCCCUUAUUGAACGAAGAAGAGGGCCACUAGUACGUCAGAUGUCUUUAAAGAUUGGACCAGAAACGCAACAACUAUCAGGAAAAUCAUCAGUCUCACUCCAAAGAGGCCAACCCACUAAUGCUUUUUCAUUAUCCCAAUAUAGACCACAAAAUGUAAAUAAGCAUGGACUUGUUCAGCCUUUUGUCUUACAUUCAGUGGAAUCAUCUUCACAGAAGAAUGACCAAAUGGUUCAAUGUGUCAACCUUGGUUGCCAAACCCAGAAACCCGAAGUUCACGGUCUUCCUCACCCAUGGCACCAGACCACAAGACUUGUCAAAUGUCAGGAGUCACAAUCUAUGGUUUCUGUUUUGCAUGGUCAAGCAGACACUCAUAAGCCUGCAGAUACAGAAAAUAUGAAAAACUUGGUACCUAAAUACCAACUGGAGUGCCCAGUGUUAAAAACAGGGCAAGCAUAUGAUUUCACGGGUGUACAGGGUGCACAAAUUACAGUGCCUGUUCUUACAAUACCAAUUGCGAAUGAGAUUAAUGUUUCAAAGUUAAGUGAUAAAAUACAGAAUGUUUAUGUAACCCAACCAAGUCACCAGACUGUCCCUAAAGCCUCGGUGGUUUUACCUGAUGAUCAAGUUGACACAACCUGUCAGUUGUCAGAAACUACCGCUGUUCCACAGAUUUUAAUUACACAUGAACAUACACUGCCUCCCUCAACAGUGGCUUCCAAUGUAAAUUUUACUGAAGUCAACACUGAUCCGAAAACCAAACCAGACAGGCAACACGGAAGACGACUUGGUUCAGUUGGCAUUCAGAUGAAUAUCACAGCCCUUAGCCAGAAUCAUAUUGCUGAAAGCCAAAAUAAAUCAUCCCUUGGUUCCUUACACUGCACUCAAAAGCUGCCAUUAGCAAACCUUUGUCCACAGCAAGAGCCCACUGCCUCAAGUAAACGUAUGCUUUCUCCUGCCAACAGCCUAGAUAUUGCCAUGGAGAAGACACAGAAGCGGGCUAAGGAUGAACACGGUGCCGCAUGUCUAACAGAUGGUCGAUCACUUAACUACCUGAAUUCGAAGAUGUCAGAGUUAACUAGACAGCGGAAGUUAAUGCUUGUUCGGCAGGUUUGCACCACUGAACCGACAGACAGUCCAAUAGAAACAGAUGCUCCCGAGCAACUGCCAGAAAGCACAGAAGCUGGAAAAGACGGUCAGAUAGUAAAUUCUAACACAACAAUAUGUGAGGACACUGAACGAGAUAUGGAGAGUAGGUCACCUACCACCACAUCACACACAGUGCUGGCAUUAAGCAUGAAUCUUUCUCUGGUAAAGCAAAGUCAAUCAGGACAUGAAAACUCUACGCUGAGGUCGCAGGAAAAGCCAGAUGAGCAUCGAUGGUCUUCAGUUAAAUCACAUGGCAGGCCUUCAACCUUUCAGGGACAAGUGAAAUUAUCAUCUUCUGUUUCGGUUGUCAGCACACGAGACAGCCAUCGUCUGUCUUUUCCAAGUCUGAAAACGGCUACAACCUUUACCUGGUGUUUCCUCAUGAAAAGGAAACCCCUACACAUUCAGCAAACAGAUCAGAGAAUUUCUGCGUACUCUACCUGGAUAGUGAGACCCAACAAUCCAAAUCCACUGGGCCUUCCCACGAAAGUGGUCAUGUCUCUUUUUGACUCCAAACAGACCUCCAAGAAAAUACUCUACACUCAAGCUAUAACAACAAGCCUAAAAUCUGAUAUACUGACUUACUCUGGCAAAUUGAAAGACAUCUUGCCAAAGCUCAUAACCAAACAAAAAAAUGUGUCAACUGAGAAUGGUGGCAAAACGAAAUCAGAGAAUCAGUCAAGUCAUGAGUCAGACACGUCGAAAGCAGAGCCUCGCCGGGUGAAGAUAUUUGAUGGAGGGUACAAAUCAAAUGAGGAAUAUGUGUAUGUGAGGGGGCGCGGAAGAGGAAAAUACAUCUGUGAAGAAUGUGGAAUCCGCUGUAAAAAGCCAAGCAUGCUGCGCAAACAUAUUCGCACACAUUCUGAUGUCCGUCCCUAUCACUGUGCACAAUGCAAUUUCUCAUUCAAAACUAAAGGAAACCUUACAAAGCACAUGAAAUCCAAGGCACAUAGUAAGAAGUGUUUGGAGCUGGGAGUUGCAGUUGGAGUUAUUGAGGACCAGGAUACAGAAGACUCAGGAGGUGAUCAUGGAAGAACCAGCUGUGCAGAUCGACAAGACUCAGAUGCCGACGACUCAGAUGGCCCUGAUGAAGAGGAUAAUGAUGGUGAAGAGGAAGAUGAAGAGGACAGCCAAGCGGAAUCAGGACUCUCUGCAACACCUUCUGUCUCUGCUAGCCCACAGCAUCUCCCUUCUAGCCAGGCUGAUCCCGUUCCAAGCUCCUUGCUUGCUCAGAUGUCCAUCAGCCCAAAUCCUCACACAGCUCCUGUUUCUCAAACACUAAAAAUGAAGUCAGACAUCAAGUCUGUGGCCAUAACCAGCUUUGCUUCAAUUGUCAGACAGAUGUCAGCCUCCACUUUUUGUUCCAGUCCUGGCCCCAGCUCCUCAUCCUUUGCCUCAUACCAAGUUCAGAACUCAGAAUUGUAUUCUUCUGACACUGAGUCUGUACACAUGAUGAGCCCAGUCUCACCCUGUAGGCAAAUGUCAAUUGACUAUCCUGACACUGAUGUGCCCCCUAGUCCUCCUGUGCUGGGCACAGGUUCCAAGCUUGGGCAGGGCAAAUCAACAAUCAGUGAUUCACAGCCAACAAAUGAGUCUAACUUCAAUGUUGACCGAGGAACUCAGACCACCUCAGACCUCAGAUCUUUACACGUUCCAGUCCCAGGUCUGGAACAUCAAUCAGCUGGAGCAACCACUCACUUAUUUAGCCACCUUCCCCUACAUUCCCAGCAACCUACUCGCUCCCCUCACAACAUGGUUCCAGUAGGUGGCAUUCAAUUGGUGCCUGCUGGCUUGGCUGCCUAUUCUACUUUUGUGCCCAUUCAGGCAGGGCCUGUCCAGCUUACUAUUCCAGCUGUUAGUGUUAUCCACCGACAGGCGAACAGCACCCUUUCUGGCCCCAACACCCCAACCCAGCCAGAGGGCUCCCUUUGUCAGCCAAUGAUGGUUCAGGAACCUGUCAGUAAUGUCCUACCCUGUUUUCCCCUGGGCCAGGUGGCAGGACUUCAGACCCUCGGCACUCCCCAGACCACACUGCAGCCUGUGGGUGUUGAGACAUUGAGCGUGGUGGGUCUGGCAAACUCUGCUCAGCUGAUGCCACAGCAAAGUCUGGCACUGAAUGCUACUUUGGGUGUGCAGGUUUUGGCAGCCAGUCCCACGCCUCAAAGCAGCACUGCCUCCCCUGGUCAUAUCCCCAGUCUGCAGAUUCUUAACAUUGCCUUACCUGCUCUUAUACCCUCCCUUAGCCCUUUGUCUGCUCUCAGCCCACUCCCUUUGAAAACAGACAAACCCUGCAGUCCGGAGGGGGUCACCACAGCUCCCUUACCCUCCCAAGUAGCAGAGUCCUCCCCAACUUCUUCUCCCUCAAGUAGCUUCCCCACUGGCUGGCCCACAGCAGCAACACCUGUAGCAGUAGUUCCCAUAGCUAUAAAGCCCCUAGUGGAAAUGACCUCGCCAAGCAAACCCUCUGGCAGUGGAGAGGAUAAAGGACUAAGCACAGAAAAGGCAAAGUCAACUCCACAACCACAGCCCUUGUCUGCUGAAGGAGUGCUGGAGGGGACCCAAAAGGGGCCAUCAGUGGUGGCUGGUAAUGCAAGACUGCCACAACAACUCAUAACCAAGCAACAACUAACUGAUGACUUUAAUGAUGCCUCCAGCGAUGAUGAAGAUAGACUCGUCAUUGCUACCUGAGAGUCCUUGAUGGAAACUCGAUACUCUUACAUCGUUCUCUUGACCUCUCUCUCUUCAUUACUUUCUCUCUUUUUGUAAAGUGUUGUAACUUUGUAAAAGUGAUAACAGUUAAGGGGCUGGGAAGUUUGUCAGCCAACUGUAAAGCACAUUAUCUGACAUUCAUAAUUGUAUGUGCAAUCAAAAAUGAUGACCAAUUAUUUUAUUUUUUACUUAUCGUCAGCGCCAGACAGUUUUUUUUUUCUUUUGUACAUGUUGUAUAGAAAUUUGUGCCUUUUUGGUAUUGUUUAGAAAUCUGUAAAUAUUUUCUUUAUAUCUAUAGUCAUUGCCUAUGCUUAAAUAGCCUAAAAGAAUGGAAGAUAAAUUUAAAUGAAUGAUUGAACUCAUUUUAUUUUGAAAUGGUUGUCAAUCGUGAACCUGCGUUAAAUAAUUAUUGUUGUACUGACAUAAAAACAUUUCUAUGGAUUUUGGGCAAGUGUUUCAGUGUACAGAUGUGUUCAAUUAUUUAUUAUAUUCCAUUUAGUGCCAGUUAAUUGCUGUAAAUCCAUGACUGUGUAAAAUGGUGGCUUUACAUUUAUGUAUCUACA